CUUCCUGUAUAGUCGACGGGAGUAUCGCUUUGCGCGCGCCCGCUCAGAGGGAGCCGAAAUUGGAGAAAAACACCGCAGUUGCUUUACUGACGCAAUGUUUUUUCAUUGCGCGUCUAUCACCCAUCAUCAGCUCAUUUGUAAUGAAAAUAUAAUUGCAACUAUAAUGCGAAACGAGGAUAAUUCGCGUUCGUGAUAAACGGCAAUAAAGGAAAAAAAUCUCAGCGUCGAUAUUCCGGAGUUUGUGUGAGGUAAGCAAUGGGCGUGUUAAUCAAAACUCGACAAAAGCCAAGUUUUCUCAUGAAGUAGAUAAAGAAAAAAUUGGACGCGUGAACGCGCCGGUCUCUGCAUAUUUAUAAUCGCUCGCCAAGAAUUCAUUGCGACGUAAUCGAACGUAAUUUGCGUAACCUGCAGACAUGCAUAAUGCUACAUCGGUUAAAAACGUGCCGACGGACGAACACGUUGCCAUAUAACUGUGCAGAGCUGCGAGUAAGCAGAGAAAGAAGCUUAAGGAUUAUUACUUGUAUCAUGUAUAUGUAUAUGUACGCCUAUAGAUAAGCUCCUCAUCUUCCGUCAUUAUCUCUCCUUGCGAAUUCGCGCGCGCCUGUCGUCAUACACACGCCGGUAUGUCUACUGCUAAUAUAUCUCCCUCCUUCUUCAUCAGUAGAGUUUUGCGCAGAGUGUAGACCCGUAGAAUCGCGUGCUCUGCGCGCUCCGUUCUUUUCUCAGGGUCACCACGCGAGCAGCACUCGAGGGUCUUUCAAAAUGUGAUCGAGCGGAGCUUGGGCGGUCAGUCUCGACGCGUCCACAGCGCGUGGCUCAUCAGCUCUGGCUGAGCGUCUACCUUGUUCUCGGCGUUUUUUUUUUUUUUACAAGUCUCCCCUUUGAUUUACUUUGUGCUAAAAGGGACAGGAGUAUAGCAGGGACAAGAUGGGUUUCGAGGACUACAAGGACCUCGUUGGCACUUGUGCCAUGAUCACUACGAUGGGACAAAUGCUGUCCGGGACGUUGAUAUGCAAGGACAUUUACAAGCAAGGGACGUCCAAAGGCACCGACCCGAUGCCGUUUAUUGGCGGUAUUGGAAUGUGCAUUCUUAUGCUGCGGUAUGCAUUUGUAGUUGGUGAUCCCAUAAUGAUAAAUGUCAAUGUGUUUGGUGUUGCCACAAAUGUAGCAUACAUGGCUGUCUAUUACCUGUUCUCUCCUGAUAAGUUAGGUACACUAGCUCAGCUAGCAAAAGCCACCGCUUUUGUGGCAAUUUGUUUAGGAUAUGCUCAGAUUGAAAAAGAGGAGCAUCUUGAAUUUAGAUAUGGUGUUUUAACGACAGGACUGUUACUCGCUUUGAUUGCAUCACCGCUCAUCCAUUUAGGUGAAAUCAUACGAACAAAGAGUACAGCAAUCCUUCCAUUCCCACUAAUUUUAAUGGGAACAUUAGUUUCAUUCCAAUGGCUCCUGUAUGGCCUUAUAAUAAAUGAUGCUUUUAUAAUAUUCCAGAAUGCAGUUGGUUUUACCUUAUCUGCUGCGCAAUUAUCUUUAUUUGCGAUUUACCCUUCAACUCCAGUAAAGGCUGAUAAAAAGGAGAAAUAAAAUCUAGUUUAUAAUUACAUUUUAAAUCCACUUAAGCUAUAGCGAAUUCAAUCAUUCAUCUAAGAACUUGUUUCUAUUUGCCAAAAACUAUUUCUAGUUAUGGCAUGUGAAUAAGUAAAAGUGAUAACACCAGAACAAAAAUAAUGUAUUUUUAUGUAACAUAUUAAUAUUUUUUAUCAAGUUGUAAUAAUCAUAUUACACGUAAAUUUUAACAAUGAAAGUGGAGCUUGUUAAAUUGUAUUUCUAAUGAGAUUUUAAAUAUGAUUUUUCUAAGAAAUUCUAUAUUUCUUGUUAUGUUGUUAAAACAGUCUGUUGAUUUCAAUAAAAUGAACACUGUUUUAAAAAAAUUCUUGCAAGCCAUUAUUAUUCCAACUGUCGUCAUUAUUGCCUAAGAGAGUUAUAAUUGGUUAAUAGUAGACAAUUGUAAUCCAUUGUAAUUGAAACUGAUGACUAUCAUGUUUCUUAUACUACCUUGGCAUAAAUAGUAGUACAAUGUUUACAUUGUACUAAACAAUAAACUUAAGAUUUUUGCUGAUGGCGUGUAAAACACAUAUUAAAAUAUUUAAAAAAACGGGUACUUUUUUUGCUCGACGACAAAAAUAGAUUCUUCUUUCCUACUAUCAUAAAAAAAUAUAUAAUGCCUUGUAUCCUCGUUGGUAUCUAAAUUAUAUUAAGUGGAAAAAUACCGGUAUAAAUUACCAGAAAUUUAUUUUAAAUUCUUUCCGUUUGUCGAGUUAUACUUAAAAUGUUGACUAGUAAAAAUCAAGGCCUCCGAAAAAUCAAACCGCAUUAAAUUUUACAUUUAAUGUAAAUAAAUAAAAAGCGCGUAAAUUUAAAAGACGCAAAAUAGGUAUAGCUUAUGCGGAUAUAUUCAAACAUGGCGUAAAAACUAGCCAAUCACAGGCCAUGUUUGGAGUUGGCUCGCACCACCACACUGCAGACGCAAAGCCGGCAAAGUUUCGCGCGUUUUGUCUAUUAUCCUUGAUUGUAGCGCUUCAAAGACGCAAUAUAAAAUUCCGUGUUUAUUAAAAAUUUCAACAAAAUGCGUAGCAGUAUUGAAAUGUACAAACGUAUCGGAGGUCAGCAGUUAGGUCAGCAUGUCAACAGUGAUAUUGUUUUACUGGGACAAAUCAGAAAGAUAAGUUCAAAUGGAAAAGCAGUAGAACUUGCAACUGUGGACAAUGUUCCAGUAAACGUUAAUCUACCAGAGCCUAUUGAUGGAAACUGUGAGGGUUACAUCGAAGUGUAUGGAACUGCUUUGUCAAAAUCAACAGUUUCUUGUAAACGCUAUGUACAUUUCCCACCAGAACUGUCAGAUAACUUUGAGUCUGAGAAAUACAAUGCAUUCCUUUCAACGUUGCAUGUCAUUGGUGACAAAAAGUGGAAAAUUAGCGCUGAUGAUGAGCCAUAUUAAGUAUUAAACUAUGAUCAUACUUUAUAUUUAUUUUUUCACUCAAUUAUGUUUAAGAUUAAUUAAAAUAAAUCUAAUUGUGUAA